CCGUCCAUGUCUCCUCCAACCAAAGGGAACUGGACGGAGGAUGGCUGCACCACGCUGGAGACUGGCAGCACCAUAACAUGCCAGUGCUCCCAUCUCACCUUCUUCGCCAUCCUCAUGAGUCUUCCGGGUAAUGGCACCAUCUCAGAGUCUGACCUGAGCUCCCUGACGUACAUCAGCUACAUCGGCUGUGGCCUUUCCCUCUUCUUCCUGGGGGUGGCGCUCUUCAUGCACUUCCUAUUACGCAAGGGCAAGUCCAGCCAGUCCGUCCAGGUGUUGAUGAACGUGUUUUUGGCUCUCUUCCUCCUCAACCUCACCUUCCUGACCAACGAGUUUGUGGCCAACACGGGCAGCUACGUGGGGUGUGUCAUCAUAGCGAUGCUCAUGCACUACUCCAUGCUGGCAACGUUCACCUGGUUCGCCAUGCAAGCGCUCCACCUCUACCUGCACCUGGUCAUGAUGCUCGACAUCAAGACCUUCAAACACUACAUGCUCAAGAUGUGUCUCCCCGCCUGGAUUUGCCCUGCACUGGCAGUCAUUGUCAUUGCAUGUCUUGGUAAAUAUGAGGAAAUAUCCAUCAGUACAGACACUGGAUACCAAGCAAAAAUGUGCUGGACCAAAGACAUAUUGGUGCACUACGCGGUGAACAUCGGCUACUUUGCCCUCGUCUUCCUCUUCUCCAUGGGUAUCUUCGUCGUCAUGGUGCAGAGGAUUUGCGCGGCCCGCAAGAUGCAGAGCAAGGACGUCAAGCAGCCGCCGAUCUCCAAGAACCUGUCGAUCAUCAUGAGCCUGCUGUUCCUGCUGGGCAUCACCUGGGGAGUGGCUUUCUUCAGCUACGGGCCCAUGCUCAUACCCUCCUACUACAUCUUCUGCAUCCUCAACUCCUUCCAAGGUCUGUUCCUGUUCAUCUACUACUACAAUAACAGCAGAGAUCUCCCUGAAAACCUCACCUCAACCAAGAGCAGCGUCUCCUCCAACACCAGUGUCAGCAAUAUCUACAGCAACUCACACGGCUAA